AUGCAGUCGAUCCAGUGCGCGGCGCUUCUGACGCUGUUUGUCGCCACAUGUGCAUCUUCUGUGUCCACGUCGACACGCGAAGACGUGCCGACCGAAGCGGACCGACGGAGUUUCCAGUGGCUCAAUGAAGGCGUCACGCUCACGAACCAAGUGCUCGAGUGGGGACAGCAGCAGAGCUUUUGUUUUUACGAAAACGCGUCGCUGCACGUCCGCAUGGACCCCUUGAACAGCACCCUUCAGCCGGCGCUGAUUCAGACGCUGGGCCAGUCGCGCGAAGCAAAUGUGCUGUUCGGUUGGGCCAACGCCACGCUGUGGUACUUGCAGCGCUCUGCGUGGCCAUUGCGUCCAGUGUUAUGGGCUUGGAGUGAGCUGCGUGUUCUAAUACACAGCCCUAACGUUCACCAGUUGAGCUUUACGUUUGCACGCACACCAGGAUUACUGUGUCGCAGCGUGAUAAACGCAGUGCACGUGGCUCCAGCACUUGGCGACUAUCUACCGCUAUGUGUGGUCGACGCAGUAGAGUGCUUGCUUUAUGUGGCAUCAAAACUCGUGUGCGAGAACUGUGUCAGUGGUUGUCCGCUCGAGUGCAAAGAAGCAGACGAUGACGAAACUUUGUGCAUGCUGACACUCAGUCCGUAUCACGCGCCAUGCAUAACGGUCACAGGACCUGCAAAGCCGUUCAUCUCGACGUCAUCGCCCGAGCUCGACUUUGAUUUUACGUUUCUCACGUAUUUGUCGUGGGUGUAUGCGCAAAAUUUUUGUCUAGGCUUGCUGCUCUUCUACCUAUCAGAGUGGCUUGCACGCUCUCGCACUUUUCACUACAGCUUGGGUGCAGUCGUGGGGGUCUUGUUCUCGGCGCUCCUAGCACUCUAUCUUUUCCAGCGUCAGGCUCGGAAUACGACCAACAUGUUGCCAGGCGCGCAGCUCGUAUCCUCACUGGCUGCAUUAGCGACAGUCGCUGUCCCAGUCACUGGCUUCGUGAUCGUGCCUAGCCUGUAUCGCCUCGGAUCUUGGGCCAUCACCUAUUUGCUGUACUUGUGGAAUCGCGAAGUGCUUUUUGGCAUUCCGCAUCUGGGCAAGAUGUACUUCGCCUUUUUUGCUCUUUUUGGGUGUGUCCUUGUGUGGUGGUACCAGUGGGGAACGUCGGUCAAGUUACAUACGGAAUCGCAGAAGGAGGAAGAGAUUGAGGAGAUUGGCAAUUUGGAAGACGAGCUGCCGCCACCGACGAAUUCACAGCUCAUUAUGUCGCGCUCAUUGAAGGUGCUGGGUAUGACGUUGCUGUUUUACAGCACAUCUUCCACGGAAGCUUCCAUGUUGUUGGUCCUGCUCGUAUCGCUCACGCGUGCUUUCGAAAUCAUCGCAACCGUCGCGUACUUUUGGUAUCAUUUCGAGAAGCCCGGUCGUCACAGUGCUCUAAUCUCGAAGUCAGAGUACGAGAAGCAAGGACAGACGGAGACGGAAAAAGCACUGGCGCAAUUGCAGAAGUACUUGAAAGAGAACCCGGACGAACUGGAUAAGGUCCGGGAAGAGAACGAAAUUCGUCUUCGGCGUUUUACCAGAGGCCGCAACCACCUGGAUGUCGCCACACAAGAGUCAAUGCUUUUGCGCCAGCGGAAUCGGAGUCGGUCGUUCUGGUCGCACUGCUCCAUCCAGUAG